AUGGCAGAGGAUUAUCAAACAACUAACAAUGUUAUGGAAUUAGACUUGACUAAUAUGUUGGUGAAGGACUUGAAUGAACUCUUAAACCUAAAUGCAACUGCAUCAUCUCGUAUAGCUGCAACAUUAUUUCCCGGUGGUAGGACUGCACACUCUCGAUCUAAGAUACCUAUUGAUAUACAAUUGAGUUCUAUUUAUGGUAUUCAAAAGCAAAAAGAUCUUGCAAAUCUCAUUAGAUUUGUUGCCACAAUAAUUUGGGAUGAAACACCAAUGACAAACAAAAAAAGUUUGGAAGCCUUAGAUCGAUCAUUCCAAGACAUUUGUAGCAAUAGUGCUCCAUUUGGUGGAAAAGUUCUGAUCAUGGGGGGAGAUUUUGGUCAAGUUCUUCCCGUUGUAAGAAAAGAGUUUGAAGAAUUUCUUAUUCGCAUUGGUGAUGGUGUUGAACCUACCAAACCAGAUGACAUGGAUGCCCCAUAUAUGGUACAAAGAGCUAUUUUGACACCAACAAAUGAUGAUGUCCAGAAAUUGAAUGAUAUGAUUAUCGAUCAGUUUCUAGGAGAAGAAAAUAAUUUGUUGUUGUUUGACGAGGUUGAAGGGGAUAACCAUAAUUUGUACCAACAAGAAUUCUUAAACUCAAUUGCACAAAGUAUUUUGCCACCACAUAUUCUAAAGAUUAAAAAGGGUGCAUCGUUGUUGUUGUUACGAAAUCUAUAUCAUAGAUAUGGAUUGUGUAAUGGGACACGAUUAUUAUGUCGUGGUUUAUUUAUGAAUAUGUUGGAUGUGGAAAUCUUGACAGAAAACAACGCAGGAAAACGAGUUUUUUUGCCUUUUGUCCUUAGUAUAAAGAAAUUUCUUGUGCGACUAAGUUUUGUAAUUACUAUAAAUAAAUCACAAGGACAAACCAUUCCAAAUGUUGGAAUAUAUCUUCCACGACAUAGUUUUAGUCAUGGACACUUAUAUGUGGCUUUAUCCAGGGGUGUUUCACAAACUACGACAAGAGUUUUAACUAGGGAAGGAAAAUUGAAAGGAAAAGAUGUCAAACUAGAACACUGUGAAAUCUUCCAAUUAUGUAAGGAGUUGAGACGAAAGAAUGUUGAAACUUGCUUCGACAUAAAAAUAAGAGACUUUGAAGAUAAAUGGAACACAUGGAAGGAUGAACAAAUCAUUUCAUCCAUCGGCAAACUCGAUAAUAAGGUGUAUUUACCUUUUUUACAAUACGUAUAA